CACUUCAUGUUGCUAAGCAAUGAGCCGAGUCUGGGCUCUUCUCCACGAGGCUAUAGAGAUGCCUGCUUAGUCCUGGUUCCGAAGGGAAGCUCACCAUAGCAAAGACACACUCUUCAUGGGUUCUCCUGACCCGCUGUUUCUUUGCUUGGCCCGCUCCCAGUGCGGGCACGCUGACACUUCACCACGCGGAGUCCCAGCCGCGCAGCAGGCGCCCCCUCCCGGCGACAUCUCCCUCCCGUGGUCGCGCCGUGAGGCCGGAAGGCAAGGCCCUUGGGGUGUGUGGCCAAAGAGCAGUCUGUUAGGCUCCGCUCUCACUUUCCCGAGCUAAGGCGAGAGCCUCUCGGCUCCCCCAGUCGCUGCAACCGCGAGGCCGCACUGUGUCACCAGGAAAUGCCGCUUCUCGCCGCCGUCCCCGGAAAACGGGACUGAGGGGGAGAUGGGUCAUGCCGCUGAGUGGACGCGGUUCGUUGUUGCUUAAUUUGGGCAAGUUCGAGUGCAUUUUGCUAGGAAAAGGCAGAUCGGAAGAGGCUGAAGAGAUGCAGGCGCCUCCCGAGCGGCAGUCGCCGUCCGGUUAAAAGUCACGGCGCGGAGCGAGCGGCCGUCCCCCGGGAUUCCUGCCGCGUCCCCGUCCCCGGCGGCCUCGCGCUCCCGGCCUUUCAGGGCGAGGAUGAUCUGCAGGGGGGUCCAAACCUCGAGUCACUCUGAAAAGUCUGUGUGUCCACUGAAUGUGUCCAGAAGAUUUGGCACUGCACCAAAAGCAGACAGGAAAAGCCCUGUCGUUGGCUAUGUUUCUCUGAUCAAAGAAGGGACUGUGGGAAGAUGGCAGCCCUCAACUGGAAGCCCUUCGUGUACGGAGGCCUGGCCUCCAUUACGGCGGAGUGCGGUACUUUUCCAAUUGACUUAACCAAGACACGGCUCCAGAUUCAAGGCCAGACAAAUGAUGCAAACUUUAAAGAAAUCCGGUAUCGAGGAAUGUUGCAUGCAUUAGUGCGGAUAGGCAGAGAAGAAGGGCUGAAAGCCCUGUACUCAGGGAUUGCCCCUGCGAUGUUACGCCAGGCUUCCUACGGCACCAUCAAGAUAGGCACUUACCAGAGCUUGAAGCGACUGUUUGUCGAACACCCGGAAGAUGAAACUCUACUGAUAAAUGUGGUGUGUGGAAUUCUCUCUGGAGUUGUAUCCUCAACCAUCGCUAAUCCAACUGAUGUUUUGAAAAUACGGAUGCAAGCACAAAGCAGCACCAUUCAAGGCGGAAUGAUAGGCAACUUCAUUAACAUUUACCAGCAGGAGGGAGCAAGAGGACUGUGGAAGGGCGUGUCCCUUACGGCCCAGAGGGCUGCCAUUGUGGUCGGCGUGGAGCUACCAGUCUAUGACCUCACCAAGAAGCAUCUGAUUCUCUCGGGUCUAAUGGGAGACACUGUGUAUACCCACUUCCUCUCAAGCUUCACCUGUGGUCUGGCUGGGGCCCUGGCCUCCAACCCUGUCGAUGUUGUGAGAACACGUAUGAUGAAUCAGAGAGUCCUUCGGGAUGGCAGGUGCUCUGGCUACACAGGAACCCUGGACUGCUUGUUACAGACAUGGAAGAAUGAAGGGUUUUUUGCGCUCUACAAAGGAUUUUGGCCAAAUUGGUUGAGACUUGGUCCUUGGAAUAUCAUUUUCUUCGUGACAUAUGAGCAGUUGAAGAAGUUGGAUUUGUGACAAGUCACGGCUGCAGGAGCCCGCGCUCUGAAAGCGCUCCCUUCUGAGACGACACAGCUUCCCGCGCGUCACGCUGCUUCUCACUGCUUGGUUCAUCACUGACUCUGAGGCGCGAGCAGCAGGUGAAGACGGGCUUCGUUCAGGUUGCUGUGUGCUGGCGGUGGGCGCCGCGCUCCAGUGUUUCCUGCUAGACACUAACCUCCACGCACGAGGCCUUACCAUGCAAGUGCCCUUCGACAUCAACGACCGCGUAUAGAACGCAUGUUUCUUGCUAAAGAAAACUUGCGGGAAGAUGAGGAACCGUGUGUCGUUUUCUUCAGGCCAGAGGAGCACCUGCUGUGUCUCCGCUCGCAGCUGAGAAGGCCAGCCUGCUCUAGAGAGCUCAUUGGAACCAUGGAAUAGAGCCUCCAAGGGGGAGUUAUUGUUCCUGAGUGUGUGGGGACUGUCGCUUCUUGUCAGCUGAAGAAAUUUCACACGUGGAGACCUGGCCCUUUCAACUCCAGCCGUUAACAGGGCAGGAAACAGAUCCCUGGGAUUUUGCACUGCUUUAUGAUUUCCUAUUUCGGCAGGAUCCUUCACUUACAAUAAGUGAUUUUCAGCCUUUGAAGGCUUGACCUUUGUGAGGAAUUGUUACAAGUAUUAAUCUCUAAACCCAUGAUGGUGUGAGGCGUUGGCUUUGAACAUGGCAGGGUCCACGUUGAUGGAAGAUCUUUGAGGCAGCUGGGGUUUGGUCUUAGGUGAUGUUAGCAGUUUGCUCUGAUUUUUAUUAUUUCCCAAUCUGUAAAAUGGGGGUGAUAAUCUGUAUUGGUGUCGGGGGUCCGAUGAAGACAAGGGUAGCUGCUAGUAUCUGCCUGGAGGGUAGGCGGUGUACCUCAGCCGUGCUGUCGUCCCUCCGGAACCCCAGCAUCUACAGGCUGGUGUAAAGAAGAGAGCGGUUUCAUGACGGGGUUCUCACUGGAAUCCCCAGCAAAGCCCCUCCCCAAAGGCCUUGUGAAAAGAGAGAACACAGUCUAAGUCACAGUUUUAUUAUGGUUUCCUUAGCAAGAUGUAGUGAGUGAAUCAAAGAGUUGAUUUUUUCAGAUUUCUCAGUUUUUACUUUAGUUCAGGUUAUGUUUAUUGAGAUAUGUCCUGUCUCGGACUUCCUGUUUGGUUUGGAUGGAAAACGCUUGACAUUUUAAAAACUAUCUCUUUAGUGCUGCACCUGUUUUCCAGUUUCUGAAAGAGGUAUAUAGUAUCUUCCUUUCUUUCUCUAAAGACAACAAAAAUCAUUCUCCCUCUUCUUUCUCGCCUUCAUCUUGUUCUUUUCAAAAUGAAAAGUGACUCUGAGAACCCGAACUUUACACUUCUAGGAGACAGCCAGGGAAGGGGACAUAUUUACUUGGAUACCUUCAGUUCUACCAUUCGAGAACAUUGAAUACACACUGCCGGGGGCCCUGGGGUGGACCCUUCUGCAGUAUUUGCGGGCAGGUUCCCAGUUUGUCCCGCCCUGGGUCACCACCUCCCUUGAUCCCAGAAUGGACUUUUCCUGCCCACCACUUUCACGUUGCCUUCUUUCUUAAUGUUUACUUCGAAAAGAUUUCGUGAGGCAGAAUUGUUAUUUCCCAGUGAGAGACAAAAUCAUUUAGAAGAGAAAGGAAGAAGUGGUGGAGUGGCGUGUAGGUGCUCAUUGGUUAAAGCCUUAGUUGAAAGGCCAGAUCCCCCGGCCCACUCGGGACGUGACUGCAGAGCUGAGCUCACUCGGCUCCACUCCUGGUACUGAACCGUAUCUUUAGACAGAGAUUUUUUUCUUCUUACCAAAACAUUCCAUUGUUUUCCCAGAAAGGCUUUCACUUUUGAGUUCCUUGAGCUUAAAGGAUUACUUUUUAAGAACCACUUUUUUUUUUAAUGAAGAAAACAUUAUAUUUUUCCGAGAAAGGCUUUCCCAGAAAGGCUUUCACUUUUGAGUUCCUUGAGCUUAAAGGAUUACUUUUUAAGAACCACUUUUUUUUUUUAAUGAAGAAAACAUUAUAUUUUUUAAGUGUACAUAUAAUUCCUAAAACAGUAGAAGCAAGUUCAUUUUGAAGACCAUGUAAAGAGUCAACAUCCUGCAACGUUCAUUGUGUCAAUUUAUUCAAAUUAUGUACAUGUUCAUACCAGGAUGAAAAGAAACUCAAACCUCACUAUAAAACUUGAGCACGUUUUUAAGACAAAAAUGGAGUACUUCUCCAGUGUAGCUUUAUCUAACAUGUUAUAUAGAACAGGAUCUUAACCUGUUCUGGGUUUUCUGCUUCCUGAAGGAGUUCACGCAAUCGUUAAGCUUCUCACCAAGAAAGAACUUACGGACUUGGAGACUCAGUCCCCUUAUUUUCAGGGGCGUGACUACAAGUCCCCCAACCCCCUUGGAUAUUGCUUAAAUGUGGCAAAAGGAUUUUCAGCUUUUAUAACUAAAACGAAGAUAAUGGAUUUUUUUGUUUGCUUGUGGAUUUAUGUAAUCAUCGAUGCUGAAUGUUGCUGAUCUGUGAUAUAAAAAUGGCUCCUGUUCUCCAUAUUUAUUCAUGAGCUAGAAAUAGUAUGUAUUAAAUAAAAACCAUACAUUUUUCAUAAGCCUUUAUAUUUCAAGCUCUUUAAGCAUUGUUGGAAUAUGUGGCAUAAACCUUGUUUCAUUGUUUAAUAAACUGGAAUAAUGCAUAAUAAUCCAAA